AUGGGUCCAUCAAAGUUGGAAAAGGGCAUUUUGAAUUACAUUAUACAUUUCGUUGCUCUUUUUUUUAGACUGAAAUAUGCUCAGCCAAGCACACUGAAAGGACGCACAGAUGUGAACGCAGUCACAAACUGGAAUGCUCCUCUGGUUUGGGAGGGGACCUUUGAUCCAGUGGUUAUCGAUGCUAUAUACAAGAAAAUGGACCCACGAGUGGCUGUGUUGGUGUUUGCUGUUGGCAAAUACACACGUUUCUUGAAGGGCUUCCUUGAGUCGGCCGAAAAGUAUUUUCUUGUUGACUUCAGGGUCACUUAUUACAUCUUCACAGACAACGAAAAAGAGGUCCCCAAAAUUAAACUAGGUAGGGGCCGAAAUGUCGCAGUUGUCCCCAUCCCUGGAGUCAAUCGCUGGCAGGAAGUAGUACUGGGCAGGAUGAAAUGGGCCACCAUCACCAUUGACAACCAGAUCCGUAAGGAAACAGACUAUCUUUAUAUGAUGGACAUCGACAGCGUCUUUCACAACCGUUUCGGAGCAGAGUCUCUCAGUCGGCUGUCUGCUGUUCUUCACCGUGGCUACUACAAGGUUUCCCUCUUUUUUUUCCUAUAGAUUAACGGCUAACUUUAU